AUGCCCCGCGCUUCCCCGCCGCCUCCAAAAACAUCAGGCGCGUCGGAUGCGGAUAUCGGCUCGAACGCGCAGCUCUCCUACAUACUAAGCCCCUCCGAGCACUUCGCUUUGGAUGUAAAGACGUCAGAUGAAGACAGGAAAUCCCUUUUUCUUGUGCUGACGCAUCCUCUGGACCGCGAGUCGCAGUCGGAGCACAUCUUGGUGAUGACGGCGAGUGACGGGGGCAGGCCGGCGCUGACGGGCACGGUGCAGCUGCUGAUCUCGGUGCUGGAUGCGAACGACAACGCGCCGCAGUUCAACCAGUCGGUGUAUAAAGUGCAGCUGCCGGAGGACGCGGCGGAGGGGACGCUGGUGGCGCGGGUGGCGGCCACGGACCCGGACGAGGGAAUUAAUCAGGAGUUUUCCUUCAGCAUCGUCGGAUCUGUUCCUGCAUCUCAGAAAGAUGCAUUCAGCAUUGAUCCGCGAACGGGGGAGAUCCGGCUCCGAGUCCCCCUGGACUUCGAAGAAGUCCGUUUACACGAGUUGCAAAUCGAGGCGAGAGAUCAAGGUUUUCCUCCGUUGUCGGGCCACUGCAGCGUGGAGCUGGAGGUGCUGGACGUGAACGACAACGCGCCCGAGGUGUGGGUGACGUCGCUGUCGGUGCCGGUGCCCGAGGACGCGGCGCUGGGGACGGUGGUGGCGCUGCUGAGCGUGUCGGACCGGGACUCGGGUCCGAACGGGCGGGUGCGGUGCGCGGUGGUGCCGGCGUCGCCGUUCGGGCUGGUGGCGACGUUCGCGGGCUCGUACUCGCUGGUGCUGCGGGAGGCGCUGGACCGGGAGCGGGUGUCGGAGUACGAGGUGGAGGUGCGGGCGGAGGACGGCGGGGCGCCGCCGCUGCGCGCCAGGCGCGGGCUGCGGGUGCCGGUGUCGGACGUGAACGACAACGCGCCGGCGUUCGCGCAGGCCGUGUACACGGUGCUGGCGCGGGAGAACAACGCGGCGGGCGCGGAGCUGGCGCGGCUGUGGGCGCGGGACCCGGACGAGGCGGGCAACGGGCGCGUGAGCUACUCGGUGUGGGAGGGCGGCGCGGGGAUGGGCGCGGGCUCGGGCUCGGGCUCGGGCUCGGGCUCGGGGUGGCGUCCGGCGUCGAGCUACGUGUCGGUGGAGGCGGAGAGCGGGCGGCUGCGGGCGCUGCGUCCGCUGGACUACGAGGAGCUGCAGGUGCUGCAGUUCGAGGUGCGGGCGGUGGACGCGGGGGAGCCGCCGCUGUGCGGCAACGCCACGGUGCAGCUGUUCGUGGUGGACGAGAACGACAACGCGCCGGCGCUGCUGCCGCUGCCGCUGGCGGGCGGCGGGCCGGGGCCGUGGUCUGCGGGCGAGGCGGCGGAGCCGGCGUGGCGGGCGGCGGGCUCGGCGGGCUCGGCGGGUUCUGCGGGCUCGGCGUCGUCGUCGUGGUCGCUGUGGGCGCGGGCGGCGCUGGGUGCUCCGGCGGGGCAGGUGGUGGCGAAGAUCCGCGCGGUGGACGCGGACUCGGGCUACAACGCGUGGCUGCGCUACGAGCUGCGGGAGCCGCGGGGCGAGGGCCCGUUCCGCGUGGGGCUGUACAGCGGCGAGGUGAGCACGGCGCGGGCGCUGGAGGAGGCGGACGGCCCGCGGCAGAGGCUGCUGAUCGUGGUGCGGGACCACGGGGAGCCGCCGCGCUCGGCCACGGCCACGCUGAGCGUGUCGCUGGUGGAGGGCGCCGAGGCGGCGCUGGCGGCGGCGGGGGCGGGGGCGGUGUCGGCGGGGGCGGGGCCGCGGGCGGCGGCGGGCGCGGAGGGCGGCUCUGCGGCGGCGGCGGCGGCGGCGGCGACGAACGUGUGGCUGGUGGCGGCCAUCUGCGCGGUGUCGAGCGUGUUGGUGCUGGCGGCGGUGCUGUACGGGGCCGGGCGCUGUGCGCCGCGGGCGGCCGUGCCGGCGGGGCCCGGGCCGGCGACGCUGGUGUGCGCCAGCGAGGUGGGCAGCUGGUCGUACUCGCAGCGCCAGAGCCGGAGCCUGUGCGUGGCCGCGGCCGCGGACGGCGCGGGCAAGAGCGACCUGAUGGUGUUCAGCCCCAACUGCCCGCCGCCGCCCGGCCCCGCGCCGAAGGAGACGCCGCACGAGCCGCCCUCUCUGCUCGACACGGUUCCUUAG